AUGAGUAACAUCUAUGAGUCUGCAGAGGCCACGCUGGGCUUCAUCAGCUCUCCGUGCCUGGCUAAAGUGGAGCUCAGAGUUGCCUGCCGGGGGAUCUCGGACCGCGAUGCCCUCUCCAAGCCCGACCCCUGCGUGGUGCUGAAGAUGCAGUCGCAUGGGCAGUGGUUUGAGGUGGACCGUACCGAGGUGAUCCGCAGCAGCAGCGGCCCCGUCUUCUCCAAGAUCUUCCUGGUGGAUUACUACUUCGAGGAGGUGCAGAGGCUCCGCUUUGAGCUCCAUGACAUCAGCUCCGGCAACAACGGCCUCCGAGAUGCCGACUUCCUGGGAUCCAUGGAGUGCACCUUAGGACAGAUCGUCUCCCAGAGGAAACUGACCAAAGCUCUACUGAAACAGGGAAACACUUCGGGGAAGUCGUCUAUAACAGUGACAGCGGAGGAGUUGUCUGGAAACGACGAUUACGUGGAACUCUCCUUCAGCGCUCGUAAGCUCGACGACAAGGAUUUCUUCAGCAAGUCGGACCCCUUCCUGGAGAUUUUUAGGGUGAAUGACGAUGGCACUGAGUCGCUCGUGCACAGAACUGAGACAGUCAUGAACGACCUGAGCCCGGUUUGGAAAUCCUUCAAAGUUUCCUUGAACACGCUCUGCAGCGGCGACCACGACAGGGAGCUAAAGUGCACAGUUUGGGACUGGGACUCUAAUGGGAAACAUGACUUUAUCGGGGAGUAUCAGACCACGUUUAAGGAGAUGAGGGCGGAGCAGGAGGGAAAGCAGCUUCAAUGGGAGUGCAUCAACCCCAAAUACCAGAUGAAGAAGAAGAGGAUCCAAGGCGUCGUGGAGGCCUACCAGAAUUGCCUCCCCAAGAUCCAGCUGUACGGGCCCACCAACAUCGCCCCAAUCAUCCAGAAAGUGGCCUCGUCCGCCUCCGAGGAGAUGCACACCAAGGAGGCCAUGGAAUACUUCAUCCUGCUGAUCCUGACAGACGGCGUCAUCACCGACAUGGCGGACACGCGGGAGGCCAUCGUGCACGCCUCCCACCUGCCCAUGUCCGUCAUCAUCGUCGGCGUCGGCAACGCGGACUUCACGGACAUGCAGAUACUGGACGGGGACGACGGCUCCUGCCGCUCACCCAAGGGCGAGCCAGUGCUCCGCGACAUCGUCCAGUUCGUCCCGUUCAAGGACUUCAAACACGCCUCCCCAGCUGCCCUGGCUAAGAGCGUUUUGGCAGAAGUCCCCAACCAGGUGGUGGAUUACUACAACGCGAAAGGCAUCACACCCAAGUGUAUGUCAGACUAUGAGUCCACAAGAACGUUCAGCCCCUGACAAUGGACUGCAUGCACACAUACACCUAAUUAUACAUAUACAGCAUACUGUAUAUCAUAUAUACAUAGAAAUAUACAUUUAUUUACUGUAUAGUACAUAUACACAUGCAAAAGCACAAGUACACAUAUACACAUGAACAAGCACACACAGGCGUACUACAUACUACAUACAGUAGUCUAGCUCAGAGAAUUAGAUUGUUCUGGUGAAAUAAUUUGAACUCCUCCAUUGAUGACUGUUGCAUGUGGGGCCAUGGCAUCACCUGGGAAAUUAUUACUCUCUACUGUAUAUCUGAAAAGAUCUUUAUAGAAAUAAGAGCAGUCUUCUGAGCCAGCAUGCAGACUCAACCCAAUGCCCGCCCAAAGAAAUGACACUCUUACCUUAUUCAGAUAACUAGCAAGUACAUAUAGACCAAAAGAUCUGUGAGUAGGUGAACCAAAGUGUGUGACUGCAUAGCCCUAAAAGCUUAGAAUUAGCAUUGCAAAUCUUAUUAUGGGAAUGGUAGCGUCGCUGUUAGUGUACUGCAUAAAUGCAUGCAUAAUUUAGCUCCUGCUAAUAUCCUGUUUGCAGUAUCCUCUUGCUAGUUAUGAAAUAAAGUAUCUCUGUCAUUCCAGUGGCAUUCAAACUCGACUUGGGUGUUUCGGGUUCUUUUCUACAGAUCUGUUUGACAUUUUGCUAAAUGGAAAUGAACAACUGAAUAAUUGUAAUAAUUUCUUAAUAACCUUCUUACAUUGUAAAGGGUGCUGGGAGGUUAGACAAGCGUGUGUGGUAGAGACUCAUCUGUGAGCAAAAACUUCUGUAUU